AUGGCCGAGAUGAGAAGGGAAGUGGAAGGCAAGGAGGAGGAGCAGGAGGAGGAAAGCAAGGCUAAGCGUCUAUGGAAAGACGGAAGAGAAAAGAUCAUAGAAAGCCACAGGCGAACGGAAUCAUCGGCCGAGGGAGGAGUCGGAACCCGAGGAGGACUCCAGCUCGGAGAGCGAGAUGUUUCGGCUGAAUACGCUGCGCUGCGCCAAAUCCAUCUCCUAUCUCCUAUCUCCUAUCUCUACCUCCGAGCCGCUGCCGCUGCCGCUGCCGCUGCCGCUGCCGACGACGACAUCCGUCCUCAAUUUGCCACCAUGAUCAGAUCCGAUCCGAUGCACUUUACCGGCCAGAAAUCACAGAUGGGAGAGGCAGCUAGCAGUGCAUCGGGGGUGCGAGUAGGAGAGGAGGAGGAGGAGGAGGAGGAGGAGGAGGAGGUUGGUUGUGUGCGGUAA